GCGAUCUCACUGUCAUAUCACGUUUCAGUCGCGGACGCAUCAGCUGCUAAAUGCGAAUCGUGAGCUACUGGAGCAGGUGCAGGCGCUCGUCCUGAGGCUCCAGUCGCUGGAAGCGAGGCUUGCCGAUGAAAUACAAGAACAUAUCAGCCAGCCGUCAACAUCCAAAGGACUUCCUCCAUCGACUGCAGUACCGGCAAGCGCUGCCAGAGUAGCUGCUGCACGAGCGGCGCCACAGAUGACAACGCGUUCGUUCCAUGAACAUUAUACGGGUGAAGCGAAAGUUCCUGGACCUCCUCCCAUUGAUCCCUCAAAACCAUAUCAGCUCCAGUCCUUGGCGGAUAUUCGUGCUGGUUCAUUACCACCACAACCAGCUGAAUCAGCGGUCUCUGCAUUAGCAAAAAAUCGUCGUCCUGCUGACGAUUCUGGCAUACGUACAGAGCCAGAAAGCGGAGCCGAGGUAUUUUUGUUUGAACAAGAAAAAGCUUUGAUUUUAAUUUGAAG